GCUAUCAACAGGCUUACAUUUCAGCAAAAUUUAUUUAUUAACCUCAUUUUUGUAGAAAUUCCCAAAUGUGCAAUGGACAUGGAUGUAGACCAUAUCGAAGAUGAGCUGGAGAAUAACUCAGCUGAAAUUUUGGAUAUCCGAGAUGCUGACAUAGACCCGAAUGAAUUUUUAAUGGAAACUGUGGAUAUCAAUGACAACUCGUUGAAUAACUCCGCUGAAAUUUUGGAUAUCCGAGAUGCUGACAUAGACCCGAAUGAAUUUUUAAUGGAAACUGUGAAUAUCGAUGACAACUCGUUGAAUAACUCCGCUGAAAUUUUGGAUAUCCGAGAUGCUGACAUAGACCCGAAUGAAUUUUCAAUGGAAACUGUGAAUAUCGAUGACAACUCGUUGAAUAACUCCGGUAGGUACACACGCAUUUCAUAAUGUAAUAAUACAAAUCACUAUACCUACCUUCAUUUUUUAUUCACUUCAAUUAUGCCUGUGUUUUAAUUUACACU